AUGGCUGUCGAAGAAACUAUCACCGAAUCGCCAUUGUUACGCACACACCGUGAACGGCUGGUAGACAAGUUGGUGCAAGCGUUGGCAAGUGACGCCAGAUGGAUUGAACUAUAUGACGUUACAGGCGAGCUAACCGUCCCGGAUGUUCACUCCAUGGAUGGCGAGAUCUCCUCGGCGUUGUCCAGAAUACAAAAGAUUUUAGCCAGGCAACGUUCGAACGACUUUUGUUUUGGAGAGUGGCGUGAAAUCAUCAUUCCAGUUGACGUACCGCAGAUGCAUAUUCUUUGUGCUGCGCGCCUACGUGUUCUCAUUAAUCCUUCUCCGACCGAUUUUUCUUCCGGUAGCAUGCCUCCCCUGUUCGCUGGCCAGCCAAUAUCUGCUGUGAUAUCCGUGCAUACAUCUUUUCAUUGGGCGCCACCGGAAGACGCAGGCACGGACGGCUAUGUGCUGCGGUAUGAUAUCGAGGAUAUGACUGGCGACUGGCUCGUGAGUGGCCGAAAGAAAGGUGACUUCCUCGCAAAGGAUGGAUCCACCUUCUCUGCUCGUGUCACUCUGAUUGCCCUGCAUCAUGGAGAACUAUCAUUACCCAAAAUUGGCGUUGCCGCUCUACCGCUCUCUGGCGAGGCUCGAAUGGGGUUAUCAAUGCCUAGCAGCGAGACGUUCCAAAUGCAUGGUGCGGAGAAGGUUCUCGUGCUUCCGCGUGGCGGUCGAAGUACAUUUGUUAUCGAUAUGGGCCGCGAUAAUACGAGCUCUUCUGAGUUGUAA